AUGCCCGUGUUGAUACCCCCGGUUGAGCACAGCCAGGACACGCGUGUUGGGCCUCCAGCAUGGCGCGAGGCGACCAAGGCCUUGACACAGAAGGCGCACCAGCUGACCGACCGCUGUGGGCAAGAGGCGGUGACCAUGUGGCAACCCAAGGACAGCGUGCGGGACCCACACGUGGCGCGCCACCUCUGCCGGGCCGCCUACAUCCUGCCCUGGCGCUUCCGCGUGGAGAUGCUCAAAGGUGGCAGCACCAUGGAGAAGCCACCGCCGGGUGAGGGCGUUACGUUGUGGAAGGGCAAGAUGAAGCCGCCUGCCUGGCACGCGCGCCUGCCGCUGCCCAUACACCGCGACGCGCGGGCCCUGCAGACGGCCGAGGUGGUGCACGCGCACGCUCGUGGGGCGCGCCUCACUGCCGCCCGCCUCAGCCGCGCCCAGCACCAGAUCAAUGGGCAGCUGCGGUUGCUGCAGCGCCAGCGGGAGGCUACCGACCACAGGCUCAGCGAAGUGCGCAAGGCACUGCUUAUUAACCAGCAGAGCGUCAAGCUGCGGGGCUACCGGCCCAAGUCUGAGAAGAUCCCUGACAAAGCUGACAGGAUGCUUACCUGGGAGAAAGAGGAACUAAAGAGAAUGAAGAGGAAGAUGGAGAAAGAUAUGGAAAAAUCAGAGGCCCUGCUCAAGGUUGGGAAUACCUGGGGCCACUUUAAGGGAGCUGCAGGGGGACCCUUGGCCACCUAA